AAAAAAAAAAAUUGAAAUUCAGUUAAAAUCAUUAUAAACCAAUGUCGGUCUCCGGUCAACUCCUCACCUGUGCUGUUAUUCUCUCUUCCCACUUCUCAUUUCUGAGUCUUCCAUUUCUAACGGAAAAAGUUUCUUUUUUCUUUUCUUUCUUAUUUUCUUAGGCCUCCAUUUCCAACAGAAAAAAGCAAAAAAAUGCAAUUCAAAACCCUAAUAGUUCGCCCUUCUUACACCCCUCUCUUCCAAAACCCCACUCAAAGACCACUUUCUCCUUUCCCUCCCUUUCACGCCCCUCUUUUCCCUUCAAAUUUGUCGCUCACUUCGCGGCUGAAGAGUCGUCGAAAUCGGAUAAUAACCGCUUGCAUUAGCCCCACCGACGAACUCAUCGACAAUGACCCCGAAAUCUCGGGCGAAAACGAUGGAGGUAUCGUUUCGGUUUCGGAAAAGCUGUUGGGGGUUGCGGAGGGAGGGGAAUCGGGGAGUGAAGAGAGACAGAGUAUAUGGAACCAGAUGAUGGAGAUUGUGAAGUUCAGUGGACCCGCCACGGGGCUCUGGAUUUGCGGGCCCUUGAUGAGUCUGAUUGACACCGUGGUGAUCGGUCAGGGUAGCUCCAUUGAGCUCGCUGCUUUAGGCCCGGCAACGGUUAUAUGCGAUUAUAUGAGUUAUACGUUCAUGUUCCUUUCGAUUGCUACUUCGAAUAUGGUCGCUACUUCCCUUGCCAGAAAGGACAAAGAUGAAGUGCAGCAUCACAUAUCUAACUUGCUCUUUAUUGGGUUCACUUGUGGCUGCUUGAUGCUUUUGUUUACGAAGUUCUUUGGUUCAUGGGCGCUGACUGCUUUUACUGGUCCAAAGAACGCACAUGUUGUACCUGCAGCAAACACAUAUGUUCAGAUUCGAGGCUUAGCAUGGCCUGCACUUCUCAUUGGAUGGGUUGCUCAAAGUGCAAGUCUCGGCAUGAAAGAUUCAUGGGGACCUUUAAAGGCUUUGGCGGUUGCGAGUGUUGUAAAUGGCAUUGGUGCUAUAGUCCUGUGCAGCUUCUUGGGCUAUGGUAUUGCUGGUGCAGCGUGGGCUACAAUGGCUUCUCAGGUUAUUGCAGGUUAUAUGAUGAUUGACUCUCUGAACAAGAAAGGAUACAACGCUUUUUCUAUUUCUGUUCCAUCACCUCAUGAACUUUUAACAGUACUUGGGCUUGCUGCUCCGGUGUUUUUAACACUGAUGUCAAAGGUGGCUUUCUAUUCCCUCCUUAUAUAUUUUUCCACAUCUACGGGCACACACACCAUGGCCGCUCAUCAGGUCAUGGUUCAAACGUUCUGUAUGUGUACAGUAUGGGGUGAACCUCUAUCUCAGACCGCGCAAUCAUUUAUGCCGGAGUUAAUAUAUGGAGUCGGUCGAAAUUUGGAAAAGGCUCGAAUGCUGUUAAAGUCACUUGUCAUCAUUGGAGCAAUACUUGGGUUGCUAUUAGGAAUUGUUGGAACAUGUGUUCCUUGGUUGUUCCCCAAAAUCUUUACACAUGAUCAGAAUGUCAUACAGGAGAUGCACAAGGUUCUCAUUCCAUAUUUUCUUGCAUUAGUUGUCACACCCCCAACUCACAGCCUCGAGGGAACAUUGCUGGCUGGACGGGAUCUUAAAUUUAUUAGCUUAUCAAUGACCGGAUGCUUUUCUAUGGGUGCACUAUUCCUACUGCUUGUAAGUAGUAGGGGAUAUGGUUUGCCUGGCUGCUGGUUUGGACUUGUAGCAUUUCAAUGGGCUCGAUUUUUCCUCUCUCUUCGGCGCAUUCUUUCUCCAAAUGGCAUACUUUACUCUGACGAUUUGAGUCAGUAUAAUUUGGAAAAGCUGAGAGCUACCUAGUUUAGGAAUCCACAUGAACAUAUACGAAAAUCAAUUUAGCUAGAACCCAAUUCAUUAUUCUAGCCAAAAGCGGGUAUGAAUUACCCACAAAAAAAAAAAAAAAAAUUCACAUUAUUGCCCUUGUGGCCAAAGAUUAAAUUAUCAUUCUGUCUCAAUUAAUGAUGCUAAAAGCAAAAGCAAUGUAUGCCUCAAGCUGCGAUAUGUAUUUCACCACGGCCAGCAGUUGCUUGCUUGUCAGUUGUAUUAUUCUGUAUCUGACAAGAAAGAAUGCUGUGGCACUUGAGAAUUAAUUGAAGUUCCAAGUUAUAUGCAUUGAAUCA